AUGUCUGCAUUUCCGGUCAUCUCAUGGCAACUGCUGGUCAGUCUUCUUCGGAAGGAUGUUAACCCCUUUGCGUCAGAUUAUCAAUGUCGUCAUUUGCUUCAGCAGUUGCAAGUAUCCGGAGAGGUACUGUACAUGAAGGAUAGUAAGGUAUCAGAUUUGAUUGUUCUGUCACCGAACUGGUUUUGUCAUCAUAUACUUGGUAAAAUUUUAUCCCCUGAAAUUCUACAGAAAUCGAAUGCUUCUGGUUUACUGAAACGAACGGACAUUCGUCGCAUGUUCCAUGACGUUUCGGACAUUUCUUUACUGAUGUCACUCUUGGACUCAGUCAAUCUAUGCACGGCUGUCGAAGGAUAUGAUGAUGGAGAAUAUGAAUUUCCAGCUCUUAACUAUCUGCCUGUUCCAGCUGAUAUACUGCGACACUCUGCUGAGCGAAACGUCGUUUACGGUGCCGUUCGACUGUUACCGUCCUGGGGUACAGACAGCAUGAUCGGCUGUAUAUUUUACAGGGUGCAGAUGAACUUGAGACGUUCAGUUGCUGAAUUUAAAGAUCCUUCUGAAGCGACUUUGUCGCAGUGGCGUGGGUGUAGCAGACUGAUCAGUGGAGGCAUGGAAGGUAUUUUAUCCGUAUUCGGUGCCGAUAGAGGUAUUGAGGUCAAGGUUCGAGGUCUUGCGGAGCAGAGCAAAAACUGUUUUUAUUUUCUCGAAGACUUAGUGAGCAUUGUUGAACAUACUGUUGCCGAAAUGGCUCCUGGAUUAAUGAUCGAAAUGCAGCUAAAUGAACACAUCAACGUGCGAAGUACGGAUGACGGCGAUGAGUCGUUUGUAGACGUCGUUUGCUUUGGUUGCACCGAAAUCGCUGUGGCAUUGAAAUUGUGCGUCGACGUACCAAUUUCUUGCAUAGCAGUGAAUACGAGGCGCGAGCUGGCAGCACUGUUAGACCCACAAGAUUCGAUGGGUCGUGACUGGAGGAUAUUAGCCGUCAAACUGGGACUGACCAGUCAACUGCCAGAUGUUGACUGUAGCGGACCGCAGUUAAGCAAAACUGACCAGGUCUUGAAUGAGUGGUCGCUGCAGAAUCUGUCCAAUGCAACUAUUGGUGCCUUGCUUCGUUGUCUCAAAGAAAUCGGUAGACAGGAUGCAAUCGACGUGCUCUGUCGCAGUGUACCACUGUACAUGCUGUCAACGACGGCUGACGACACGCAAACGUUGAAUGAUUCGGGAGUCGCAAGCAGCAAUUCUAGAAGCAACUAUGGAACCCCUCAGCGUUCAGAAUCGACGCUGUCAAAUAACUAA